GCUAAUGGGGAUGCUGUUGUGUCCAAGGAGGCCAUCACCAACGCAGGCCAGUCUUUGGAGGAUCCCCUCAUGAGAGUGAGUCUCACUCAUGUUUCCAUUCAUGGCCCAAAUAUAGCCAAGCAGCACAGUGGGCAAAUGCACAAAAACACAUCAGAUUAAAACAAACACCUUGUCAAUAGGGGCAGGAGUUUUCCCUGACUAUGUGACCUGACUAAGAAACCAGAUAGAGUUUUCCUUGUUACUUGACCAGAAAACCAUCUGUUCAAGUUAAAUCAAACUUCACAUUUUAAAUGGAAUUUUACAUACUUUACAUUUAUCAAACCCUAACCACUGCACUACAUAGCUUUAACCUGGCUCCACUCCCUUUUGUAGGAGUUCACCCAGUCAUGUGUACAUCAUGAAGCCAAGCAGCGGCCCACAGCCCACGACCUGCUAUUCCACCGCGUGCUGUUUGAGGUCCACUCCCUCAAGCUUCUGGCUGCCCACUGCCUCAUCAGCAACCAGUGUGAGUGUUUCCUCAGUCCUCAGCUUUGAAGCCCCAAAGCACACAGCACACAGCAUGCUUUAUGUGGAAUUGCCAUUUGAGUGAUUCCUCACGAAACCUAGACAAAGAAAUACCAUGAUUUUGGGGAUGUUCACGACAUUUCAUCCAUAGAAUGGUCUUUUGGAGGAUGGAUUGUUGACAUAUAUUUAAUAUUUGUAUCUAAAAGCAUAAUUGAGAAAUAAAACCAAAAAGGCAAUAUUUUGAAUGUAGUAGUUUUUCACCCCCUCAAAGCUGUAAAAGAAAAAAAAACUUUGCAAACCACAUGAUCUAGUAUAUAAUACAAGUAUAAUAAACCAUAUUCAAAUAUGAUGAUAUCAUAGUGAAUUCAUGACGUGAAUGAGUAAGCCUUUUCAUACUUUGUAAUAUUGAUAUAUAUAUAUAUAUAUAGCCUUUUCAUACUUUGUAAUAUUGAUAUAUAUAUAUAUAUAUAUAGUUACAAUCAGUUUUCGGAACAUCUACCCAAAAUAUUUCACCUUCUUAAUUACUUUACCGAAAAUAACAUGAAAUUAGUGAUAGUCUAAAACAACAUUUUGACCAUUUAAACAGCGUGUGUCCACCCUAUCGACAAGGGGAGAUGCGCUGUGAAAAGGGCGCUUUUUCUUGGUUCUAUUGAUGUGUUUUGUGUCCGUCUCCGACAUAAAGAAAGUUUGACUUCCACACAAAAUUACUUCUUUACUUAUUUUAGGUUUAAGGAAGUGUGUAAGUCGCAUUCUUUAUCAUACAGCUAUGACAGUUAUAUAUUUAGAACCGCCUGCUUGAUCGGGCACUGUCAAAUUUGGCAUAUUUAUUACAUUUUGGCCUUACCCAGGCCUCCUUUUAGACUCCAUAAUGUUUCAUUUAUAAGUGCUACAAAGCAAAAAUUGGUGUCAUAUGAAGCUUUACUGCUUGUUCUGUAAUAUGAGCAGUAUUUUGAUUUCAAUAAUAAUUGUCCUACAUUAAUUUAUGAAUAUUGAGAAAUAUGAAUAUUGAAAAAACUAAUGUUUUUAUUUAAUAAUUGUUCACUAUAUUGUUGAACAUAAUAUACUCUAUGGGCAUAUCACAGUUCCAGACUAGGAUCUCUGCUAGUUUUAAAGUUAUGGCCCAUUUUAUACAGAGAAAUUGGCAUAGGCAAUGUAACCAAUCACAGCCCUCCUUUUACUUGUAUCAUUGCACAUCCUGCAAAUCGCCAGUAGAGGGUGAACGUUUUGAAUCCAUUUUCAUAUUCACUCUGUUGGUAAUGCUUACAAGUUGGAUCAUAAUUGUAAAAGUAGCAGAGAUCCCACUCUGGAACUUUAAUAUGCCCAUAAAGUAUAUUAUGUUCAACAAUAUAGUGAAAUAUUAUGAUCAAAAAUGUUUUUUCAAUAUUUAUGUUUAUAUUUUUCAAUAUUCAUAAAUGAAUGAAAGAAAACAAUUAUCGUAAUUAAAAUACUACUCACAUUACAGCAAAAGUGUUAAAGCUUCAUAUGACACACAUUUUUGCUUUGUAUCACUUACAUAUUAAACAAUAUGGAGUCUUAAAGGAGGCCUGGGGAAGACCAAAAUGUCAGAACUAUGCCAAUUUUGAUAAAUGAUUCCUCAAUUAUGCUUUUAGAUACAAAUGUCAAAUAUAUAUAAACAUUUCUUCCUCCAAAGGACCAUUCUUUGGAUUACAUGUUGUGAAAAUCCCCCAAAUCAUGGUCUUUUAUUGGUCUGGGUUUCAUGAGGAAUCACUAAUACUUUUGCCUGGGUACCAGUCUGUUUGGCAUGCCAAGGAGUGGUAUGAUGACACAAACAGAGUGGUAUCCAGGCUAGCCAUUUCUGUGGGAGAGAAAAUGUUUCCACAUCCAUUUCCACAUCCAUUUCAUUUUUUGUCAUGUGACAGCUGAAAAAUUGUCUUAUGCAGAUUUUGUGGGAUAUAUCUGUUGUUACAAUGGAAGUGGAGACAUUUUUCUAAUUAAUUUGCAAAUAUGUAAAGCUCUCUUACCCCUCUCUCUAUGCAGACCUGCUCCCAGAGAACUGUGUGGAGGAGAAGACCAAGUCCUUUGAUCCCAACGGUCUCAUGGCAGAGAUCAAACAUGGCGACCGGCCUGGCGUGGAGCUCAAGUACUCCCAUGUGUCCCCUUUGGAGCUGGACAAGUUCCUGGAGGACGUCAAGUAAGGGCUAAUUCCACUCACCCAUUGGGCUCAGGUCAAAAGUAGUGCACUAUGUAGAGAAUAAGGUGCAAUUUAGGACGUCGCCUGAGAGGACUGCCUUGUUCAUUGUGAAGGGUCUUUGUGAAGUGUAUUAUUGUAGCACCUGUGGCUCCUGACUUCAUUCUGACUCCCCCUCCUCAGGAAUGGGAUAUACCCCCUCAUGAACUUUGCGUUAUCGCGGCCCCACCCCGUCCCCCAUGCCCUCUCCCUGUCCCAUGAACAGGUGGAGUCGGUGAAGACCCCCACCCCUGAGCCCCAAGAGACAGAGAGCAGAAAGGUGAGGUCUGUGUGUGUGUGUGUGUGUGUGUGUGUGUGUCUGUCUGUCUGUAUCUCAUUCUAUUUGUUUAUGUCUGUGUGUGAGAGACAGUGUUGCAAGUUAAAGUACGCUUAUCACUCUUAACGCUAUGUUGGUCUGAUGGUGUGUUGCAGGUGAUUCAGAUGCACUGUAACUUGGAGUCAAAUGAAGAAGGGACGAAAAUUCAUGUGAGUUUGACUAUCAUCUUCUUUUAAGUAAUGGCGUCCAUCUCACGGCAGCCUUUUGGAGUUACCAUAACUGACAUAAUUGUUUUAAUCCUUUCUGAUCCCCACAACUAAUUGCAUUUGCGGGAUAAGCAUAUUCUGGGUUGAUAAAAUGUAUUCCUCUCUCCUCUCCUUAGCUCUCUCUGUUUCUUAAGAUGGAUGACAAGCUCCAUCGACAACUCAGCUGUGACAUCCUUCCAAGUGAGUUCUAAUGGACACUUUCAUAUCCAUUAAUAUAGUCAGGUCCCAAAUUAUUGCCACCCUUGAUAAAGAUGAGCAAAAAGUAAGUAAGUACAAAUACUGAGCUAUAUUGUAUGCUAUAUUUUUUAAACAAUUAUAUUAUAAUAAUACAAUUUUUCUCAAAAAGAUGUGUUAAAAUUAUUGCCACUCCUUUUUUCAAUACCUCACUUUGCGAGGAUAACGGCACUGAGCUUUUUUCUUAAAUGUUUAAUGAGAUUGGAGAACACAUUGGGAGGGAUCUUAGAACAUUCCUCCAUACAGAAUCUUUCCAGACCCUUGAUAUACUUUGUCUGCGCUUAUGGACUGCCCUCUUCAAUUCAAACCACAGGUUGGCCACAGGCCAAAUAGCUAAAUUUUAAUGUCAUCUGACCAUAGCACCGGUUCUAAUCCAAGUGCAAAUACCAUUUAGUAAACUCCAGGCGUUUACAUUUGUUGGAUGACAAGAAAAUAGAGCUCUUUGGCACACCAACAGUGUUUAUUGUAUACUGUUGUAUGAGGCUCAACUAUUUUGAAUGAAUCUUUCAGAUGACAGCUCCAAAGACCUUGCCAAUGAACUUGUUCACUACGCAUUCAUAAGUGAGGUAGGUAUUAUUUUUGCGUGAUGUUAUUGCAAAUGGCCUUAAUCAUUCUAAUCGAUAUCCUGUAAUGAUCUAACCGCUAACCCUGUGUAACCCCAUGCAGGAGGACUGUGAGAAGCUGGCAGGGUUCCUUGAGGAUGCGCUCACCAGACACAAGGGCAAAGCGCUGGCCUCUGGAACCACACAGUGA